AUGUUCCUCGGCACGUUUGUCGCGAGGCUCGUAAUGAGCGUGGUGGGCUACCUCUACCCAGCCUACUCCUGCUACAUAGCCUUGCAGGAGCUUAAUGCCGAGCGAAUGGUGCUAUGGUGCAAAUUCUGGUGCAUAAUGGGAUGUCUGUCUGCCGCCAUGCCCAUCGUCGACAUCUUCCUGUUCUGGUUCCCUUUCUACAACGAGAUGAAGCUUGUUUUCGUGGUGUUCCUGUGGUACCCAGGCAAGCAUGCGGGGUUGUGUCUGAAGGGCACUGACUACGUGUGGGGCAGCUACGUCGAGCCGUACAUGGCGGCCCACCGCGAGGUCUUCGACCAGACGGUGGCCGCCAGUCAGGGCUGGCUGACCAGCGUCUUCGGCCAGCAGGCUGCCUGGGUGGCCUCCGCCGCCCAGGCCAAGGCCAUGGCGGCGCUAACGGGGCUGACGGGGUACCAGCUGGUGGCGCCCGCCGGGGCCGGUCCGCCCAAGCCGGGUGCGGCGGCGGGUCACCGGCAGAAUCCCGCCGCCGCCGCCGGCAGCGAGCGCAGCGUCCACGGCCAGACAUAUGGGUCGGGCGAGGCCGCCUCGCAGGCGGCCACGGCGUCGUCCUCCGCCAGGCCCAGCGAGGGCGCCGAGGUCGGGGCUGCCGCGACCUGGGCCGCGGCGCCGCAGGCCAGCCCGCCGGCCAAGCAUGCGGGGCGCAUUGCCCCGCUGCAGGACCUCAUCGACUCCGUGUGGAGCUUCGACUGA